CAGCCGGGGGGAUGCGGCUGCCUCCCCCGGCCGGUGUGUAGAGAGGGCGGGUCCCCAGCCUCGGGAGCGCGGCGGUGGAGGGACAGAGGCGGCGGCCAUGGCGACCCCCGGCAACCUGGGGUCCUCCGUCCUGGCGAGCAAGACCAAGACCAAGAAGAAGCACUUCGUAGCGCAGAAAGUGAAGCUGUUUCGGGCCAGCGACCCGCUGCUCAGCGUCCUGAUGUGGGGAGUCAACCACUCGAUCAAUGAACUGAGCCAUGUUCAAAUCCCUGUUAUGUUGAUGCCAGAUGACUUCAAAGCCUAUUCGAAGAUAAAGGUGGACAAUCACCUUUUUAACAAAGAAAACAUGCCGAGCCAUUUCAAGUUUAAAGAAUACUGUCCGAUGGUUUUCCGUAAUCUGCGGGAGAGGUUUGGAAUCGAUGAUCAAGAUUUCCAGAAUUCCCUGACCAGGAGCGCACCCCUUCCCAAUGACUCCCAGGCUCGCAGCGGAGCUCGUUUCCACACUUCCUACGACAAGAGAUACGUCAUCAAGACCAUUACGAGUGAAGAUGUCGCCGAAAUGCACAACAUCCUGAAGAAAUACCACCAGUAUAUAGUGGAAUGUCAUGGGAUCACUCUUCUUCCCCAGUUCUUGGGCAUGUACCGGCUAAAUGUCGAUGGAGUUGAAAUAUAUGUGAUUGUUACAAGAAAUGUGUUCAGCCACCGUUUAUCUGUAUAUAGGAAAUACGAUUUAAAGGGCUCGACAGUGGCCAGAGAAGCUAGUGACAAAGAAAAGGCCAAAGAACUGCCAACUUUAAAGGAUAAUGAUUUCAUUAAUGAGGGCCAAAAGAUUUAUAUUGAUGACAACAACAAAAAAGUGUUCCUGGAAAAACUGAAAAAGGAUGUUGAGUUUCUUGCCCAGUUAAAGCUCAUGGACUACAGCCUCCUGGUGGGAAUUCACGAUGUUGAGAGAGCUGAACAAGAAGAGGUUGAGUGUGAAGAGAAUGACGGGGAGGAGGAAGGGGAAAGCGAUGGGACCCACCCCGUGGGAACCCCUCCAGACAGUCCAGGAAACACGCUGAACAGCUCACCGCCCUUGGCUCCGGGGGAAUUUGAUCCCAACAUUGAUGUUUAUGGAAUAAAAUGCCAUGAAAGCUGGUGCAGAGAUCUCGACGGUGAACCCAGAACAGUAUUCAAAGCGCUUUUUGGACUUUAUUGGCCACAUCUUGACGUAACCUCCCAGGCUGCCUUGGACGGACGUGCACUGUGGGAAGAACAGAGGUGGCUUCAAUGUAGGAAAAAUGAAAACCAAACUCAGCGAAGCACUCAUCUUACAGGAAGCAAACCUCCGUGUUUACAUCUUCAGGCCAAGAUGACUGAUUUGGGGGCUACUCGCUUUAACAGCUACCUGAUAUUUCCCAGCAUAGUUCUAGCUAUUUCUGACUUUUUUUUUAAUGUGUGCAUUUUAAAAAGAAAAAUUAAUUAACUAAAACAGACCAGCUUCCGUCAGAGUGUGCUGUGGCAGCAGCCCUCUGAUCCCAGCUGUGGCAGAAGGAAUGAAUGAAGGAAUGAAUGUGUGAAUGAGUACAUGUGGGGGAGGAGGAAACGCAUGUCAGACCAGCCGUGUUGGCAUUCCGCGAUAAACUGUGGAUCAGUUUUUUUUUUUUUUUUUUUAUUGAAAGAUGUGAGACAGUAUUCAUAAUAAUAAUGAAGAUAAUAAUGAUGGUGAUUAAAAAGGAAAAAAAAAAAACCUUACUGCAAAUGUUACCCUUCUACCCCGCACGCUGACACUCCUUAAUAGUUGUAACACAAGCCCCUGGGCACCAGCGGGAGGUGCUGGCCUCCCCUGGGUGCCCUGUGCCUCUGCACGGUGCAUCGGGACCCCUGGCCCGGGUGUGGCCAUCCUCUUCCGGCAAGAAGCGGGUGCCCUGCUGACUCUGUCCAUUUCCACCUCGGUUACUUAUGUCCAGAAAAACUGCAUUCUUCUCGUUUCUUACCUGGAACUUCUUCAUUGUUACCCUCUUAUGUUGCAAUAUAGGAAUUAAUGCUAUAAAAUACAAAUAAACUUACCUGGAAAGUGCAUAGUUCGGGGCAAUGGUAUCUACAUCUCCACCCGGGGGAAGGCAAGCCAAGCGUUAGGACCCUUGAUUCUCCUGCUACCAAAUGAUGCAAAUCUGAGUUCUAAGAUGUUUAUGUUGGACCAUUUUUUCACCAGUGGUAUUUUGUUAUGAAUUAUCCCUUUAAACUGAAACCCUCGAUUUUACUGUUUACAUUAUUAGGAAAACAGGGAUAUUUUUGAAUCUAAAAAUUUAAUGUACAGCGUGUGAUUUUUGAAGUUUACAUGUAAAGUGAUUUUACAGUGUAGGUGAAAUAAUGUUUGUCGUAUUUUGAGCUGUCUCAUGCAGUCAUGUUUUUGAGUGAAUGUCUUUAUGCAAAGUCCAUGGUAGAGCAUAUUUUACAACAAAGGGAAAAGAGUGGUUUUGUUUUCUCCAGGUAGACAUUUAUCAACCUAAUGAUUUUUUUUUAAUAUUUAACCCAAGUCUGGUCAUGUAAAUUCAUUGCCCUAAACUGUGCUGAUUUGUGUUUAAUCAAGUUAUAAAUUUCCAGUAUCAAUCAUGUAUUUACCAACCUUUCCUGCAUUUUCUGAAAGGCAUUGAGCUAAAAUAUUAGACUUGCUUAGAAUAGGUUAUCAACUUAUACACUGUGCUAAAGCUGUGCCUUUGAAAUUCUUCGUUUAAAACAGAUGAUAUUUGUAGGCAGUUUCAGAAAGAAAAAAAAAAAACCUUCAAUAAUUACUUAUAACUCAACAAACCCCACUUGCCAUAAUGCCUCUUCCAGUAACUUCAGUGCUGUUAAGACCGAGGUUAUGCACCAUGUAUGUGGAUUUUCUUCAGAAAGCACGAGUUGAGUAGCAAAUCACAGGACCUUUGGAAGCCAGCAGCAAUGCCAUCUCUACUACUCUCUAAUGAAUUUACAUAGAGCUGUUACCCUCAACAGAUGAUGUUAACGCCACUGUAAUAUAGCUGUACAAAUCUGUAUCUUAUGUAUUUAAAUUAAUCGAUACUGUGAUUUGAUCCCCGCCCCCCCCCCCCCCGCCCCAUUAAUUCGGGCAUCAAACCAGUUUCAGUAUUCUGAAGUUAUACUGUGGUUUCUUUGGCCCAAGACUACAAAAGAGAGACCCUGAAGUGAAGAUAAGGUACAGAUACAUUAUUUGAAUAAUUAUUUCCUUUGUGGCCAAUCUGUGUAUGCUUUUAGAAGUUUACAAAAUGCUUUAUUUUUGUCUGUAACAGUCUCUGUCAUUCAUUCCUGUUGAUAAACUGUUUAUUUGGACAGAGUGAGGAAGUUUGCAUUGUAUCUCCUAGUGCUAAAAAUACACUCCAGACAGGAGCAGGGCUUUAUAAAAUAAAGCACUUUGAUGACUCACAAGGUGAAUCCUUUGUUUCCUCUCUUUCGAUUGUGUUUCUCUCUACUGCAGACGGAUUUUAAGUACCCCGUACUGAGAGUGUCUGUAGCUAAUCCUUGAAGAAGUAAACAUGCAGUCGAAUCUUUUCACUUUUUGAGCUCCAGCCUUUGGUAAUAUGUAGUCUUUCUGUCUAGAAAUAUUUUAUUAGUAAAUAAUAGAAACUUCCAUGACGAAACUGACUUACUGAAAGAUGAACAAGCAGAACUACAGUUCUGUGCAUCAGCAUUUUUUGAUAUUUUAUUGGGAUACCGUUGAUGAUAGGAGUCUUUUUCAUAGCAUUUCAUUGUGGUGGCAGGUGAGCAAACACAGUUCUGCUACAUGAAAACAUACUUGUUUUAACAUGAUUGAAAUAUUAGGGAACACUUUGAACAUAAUGCAGAGUUCUCAUUUGCCAAUGUUCAGUUUUGUUUGCAAGAAACAUUUGGUGAACAUAGAAAACCGCCCCGCUGAACAGAGCUAGGUAGGAAUACACAGAACACAUACCUCGAACAGCUAACAGCUACCUCAGUUCUCCACGUGCGCUAGAGCCACACCCACCCACACCUGGAAUGACAACUUUCUAUCUGAUUUCAAGUAGAUUCUACCACUUCACAAUGACCUAACAGCUGCAAGCGUUCCAAAGUCCACUACUACCAGUAAAUUUCAGGAUUUUUUCAAGAUAAAGUGUCAUGUUUAUUAUGGUAUUUAUGUAUUUCCUAACCCUUUAACAUAUAACUUGCUAAUGUUUUUAUCGGGUUCCAAUUUUUUUAUGUGUCACUGAUGAUGUUUUUGGGUGUGGUAUUCUAGUCCCAUUUUUCCCAUAAGCCCAGUGGUUUUGUCACUUGAUUUUGAAGAAUGGAGACUUUUAGGAACAUGCAUGUCACGUUGUAGCAGAGCUUACUGUAGUCAGCAGAGAGUUUUCAUUCAAUUUUCCUUGUGGAAAGUUGUAAUGUGAACAUUCUUUUUCCCUUCAUUUUGAUUACGUAAUUUCCUGAGUUCAGAAUCACAGUGGUCCCAGAAUAUUAGUUAUUUCUAAUUCAUAAAAGUACAAAAAUUGGUAUGAAGCAUUAAUCCUUAAUACAACAUUUUUAGAAAUAGUGAUUAAGAGUUAAGUGCAAGAGAGUGGGAGCUGUAGGUAAUGUACCAUGUGGAUGUAUAUAAUGAAGAGAAGGAAAAGCCAAGAGGUUAAACAUGGAAUUAAACUCUUCAGAGUUCUCUCUUAACAUGCAGUGGACUCUGAAGGCCUUCAGCGCCACCAACACAGCCUUUCUGUGAAAUUUUAAUUAGCACAAAAUCAGUAAUCAAAGUGUGUACCAUAUGUGUACACCCUGCCCCAGCAACCCUGUCUCUCCCUCUGUCCUCAUCCCCUUGAAGAGCGUGUUACUCAGCUCUGACCUUAGGAUGUAGAGACUGCUGUGUUUAAAACGUAAAACAUUUUCCCUGAAGCACAGAAACUCUGCUGUACCUUUGAAUGCUCAUGAACAGGAGUCGCUUGCAUGGCCUUGUUCCGCCUCGGCUGGCCCCAGCUCAUCAUAAUAAACUGGUGUCUUUAACGGUAUAUUAAAGAGGUGCUCACAGUAAAGUCACACAGAAGGCCAAGGCAGUGUCUCCGGAAAAAUGGAAUUAAUAAGUUACCUGGAGUGGUUUUUAAAUGUUCUUUCAUAAAAUGAAACUCGCAAGUGUAAACUGGGUACCUUUUUAUCUAAGCUGGGUGCCCUACCAAAGUUUGUGCUAGUCUUGAUUUUGCCAUUCUGUAAAAAUCUUGCCAAAAGGUAGUAAAUUACAAAAAUUACAUUCUUUGUAAUUUUUUUUCUCGCUCUUGCAACACUUGUGUUUAAUUUCAUGAGAGAAGGGACAACAGAUGAGAAUUUCUCAGACCCACUUUGAUAUAUUUCUGUGUUUUAUAGAAUCCGAGAUUUGUUGCUGGAAGAGGUUUACAGAUCAUUAAGCACACAUCCCUCAGUUACAGAUGAGGAACCCUUGGCCCCGAAAGGCUAAGUGGCUUGUUUAAGAUCAUGUGCUAGUUGUGAGAAAUACAGGGUUGAAGCUGAGCUCUCCGCUGCAACCCAAGAAUGAAAGAUGAGUGCCAUGAGCAAUGGAUCUACUACCCUCCGGGAACCCCCGGGCUCACCAUCGCUCUUCCUUUGUCAAGGCCUUUGUCCUUCGUCUCCAUUUGGAGACCCCUGGCUGGCAUGGAGAUGCUCCUAGAUUUUAAAGCCAAGAGUGUUCUCCCACACUGUUUUUGAAAGUUAAUCUUUAUUAUUCCAUUUUCCUACCCUUUUCUCUUAAUCUAUAGUCCCUGGUGAUGCAAACAGUUAAUGCAUUAAGCUGCAAACCAAAAUGUUGAAUGUUCAAGACCACCCAGAGGCUCCUGUUGUUAUGUUACAUGUUAACAAAUUAAAAAACCUAGUUUAAAUGGGGAAACUACCAAACCUAACUCAAGAAGAAAUAAAAACUCUGAAUAGAUCAAUAACAAGGAGAUCGAAUUAGUAAUUUUAAAACUUCCCACAAAAAUAAAGUUCAGGCCCAGAUGGUUUCCCUAGUGAAUUCUACCAAAUGUUUAAAGAAGAAUUAGUAUCAACCAUUCACAAACUCUUCCAAGACAUUAAAGAGGAGGAACAAUUCUGAACUCAUGCAGAAAGGCCAGCAUUACCCUGAUACCAAAAUCAGACAAAGACAUCACAAGAGAAGGAAAGUAUAUCCCUCAUGAAUACAGACACAAAAAUUCUCAAGAAAAUACUAGCAAACUGAAUCAAGCAACAUAUAAAAAGGAUUAUACACCAUGACCAAAUGGAAUUUCUCCCAGGAAUGCAAGCUUGGUUUAAUAUCCAAAAAUUGAUGAAUUGUGACAUGUCGUAUUAAUAACACAAAACACUUGAAUAUCUCAAUUGAUGCUGAAAAAGUAUUUGACGAAAUCCAACACCGUUUCAUGAUAAAAACACUCAACAAACUAAUUUUAUCAACCUGAUAAAGGGCAUCUAUGAAAAAACCACAGCUAACAUCAUACUUAAUGGUGAAUACUGCAUGCCUUCCCCUUAAGAUCAAGAAUAAGACAAGGAUGUCCACUAUUGGCAGUUUAAUUCAAUGUUUAAGCAAGUAAAUGAAAUAAGACAUCCAUAUUGAAAGGAAAAAAAAAAAUUCUCUAGUUGCAGAUGACAUGAUCUUAUAAGUGGAAAAUCCUAAGGAAUCUAACAGAAAUAAAAAACUAUCAGAGCUAACAAGUUCAGCAAGGGUUCAGGAUUCAAGAUCAACAUACAAAAAUUUAUUUCUGUACACUAGUAAUGAACAAUCCAGAAAUGAAAUAAAGAAAACAAUUCCAUUUACAAUAGCAUCAAAACGAAUGAAAAACUUAGGAAUAAAUUUAACAAAAGAAGCACAAGAGAUUAAAAUGUGGACAUCUCUCGGGAGCUGUUAAUCUGCCUACCACAGCUGUAAACAACUUUAUCCCAUAAAUUUAACAACUUAGAUGAAAUGGAUAAAUUCCUUGAAAGACACAAACUGCCAAAACUCAUUCAAGAAGGAAUAGACAACGUGAAUAAAUCUCAUCUAUGAAAGAAAUUGAAUUCAUAGCUUAAGACCUCUUCCCUUCCCCCUCCCGCUAAAAAAAAACUUCCCGACCCAAAUGGCUUCACUGCAAAAAUCUACCAAACACUUAGGAAAAAAUUGAUAUGAAUUAUAAACUCUUCCAAAAGAGGAGAGAUCCUUUACAACUCAUUUUAUGAGGCCGUCAUUACCCCAAUACAAAAUAACAGAUAAAGACAUGGCAAUAAAAUAAUUCUACAGACCAAUAUGCUUCAUGAACAUAGACACAAAAAUUCUCAACAAAAUACUGGCAAAUCAAAUCCAGUAUUAUAUAACAAUACACCAUGACCAAGUGAGGUUUAUCCCAGGAACACAAGCCUGGUUCAACAUUUCAAAGGUCUGUUAGUGUAAUUUACCGUAUCAAUAGAGUAGAGAAGAAAAAACAUGAAAUCAUCCAAUAUAUACAGAAAAAAAGCAACAAAAUUCAACAUCCACUCAUGAUUUAAAAAAAAAAAAAAAAAAACUUUUUAAAGUUCAACAAACCAGAGAA